AUGUCUGGCGACCGCUCGCAGGCGCAGGCGCUGUACAAAACAGGUCGCCAGCUGUACGGCGAGAAACAGUAUGCGGAGGCGCUGUCCAACUUCGACCGAGCGCUCUCGCUCGGUGAUCGUAGUUGGAAAGUAUUGGACGGGAAGGCGGCAUCGAUGAAUAAGCUCGGUGGACCUUGGCAAAAGUCGGCGCUAGAAGUCGCACGAGCUUCGACGAAGAAGUUCGGCAAGGAGGUACACCAGACGUGGUUCCGGCUCGGCAUAAUAUGCGCGGAACUCAAAUUGCUCGACGAAGCAGAGGUGGCCGCGAAGCAGGGUCUUGCCUUCUGUCCGCCAUCAGCGUACGACCAAUACUACCUUUUGAACUCACAGAUCACCGAGGCUCGCCAAAAGGCGGCGGAGGCGCAGGCGAAGCGUGAAGCCGACGACAAGGAGGAAGCCAAACGAGCGAAGAAGCGCAGGACGAACUACACGCAUCUCCUCAAUGCUGAUGUGCUUCUGUGCAUUGCUGAGCAGGGACUGGAGGUCGACCCUCACAUGGGUUUACGCCUUGCGGGCGUCUGCUCAGCUUGGCGUAACGUCGUUGUCUCACAUGCACCGCUCUGGCGCCGCCUGGUGCUCACGCGCCGUCGGCCAGUGGCCAAGCUUGCCAUGUUUGUCGAGCGCGGCAAGCGUCUCUCAGAAGUCACACUCCGAUAUCCCCUCGACGACGACCGACUCGCCCGCGAACUACGACCACAGAUGCGCGAUCUGAAGCGACUCACGUUUGAUGGCUUCUCCUUCGACCAGAUCGUGCGCUUCACGGACAAUUGGCGCGGAGCGUGCGCCCAUCUCACCGACCUCACUGUCAAGAACAGUGGCGGGGAUAGACCGACAACCAAGCGUCCGUUGUUCUUCGGUCUGCUCGACCCGGACGCCACCAGCUUGCGCAGCGCGGAUGUGCCCGUGGGCAACACGGCGGUGUAUGCGCCGCAGGACGUCGUGCCCCGCUACGGCUCGAGGGAGUGGCUGCCCCGCGCGGAGCAGUUGUCCCAACUGAAGCGUCUACGCCUGCACAGCGCCGAGCUGCACAUGACGCUCGGGAGCCUGCUCGCUCUGAUGCCGGCGUUGGAGUGGGCCGAGCUUGACGUGACUGCGCCGCUACCUGCAUCGACUGAGCGCACCGACCUGCCCUUCCUGAAGCACCUGCACCUCGGCAACCAGCGCGCUCUGAACUUGAACCACACCUCGCUCCCGAGUCUUGAGGCGCUCUCGCUCUACCGUUCCGGUGCGCAAGUGCCUUCGUUGGACCUCGGCCGCUUCCGCUCGCUCACCUCCCUCGACGUCGGAUUCUGCUACAUCGGCACACAGUUCGUCGACUUACUUCGUCAACUCCCCAAGCUUCGCUUCCUCGGCCUGGCGGGGUGCAGCAUCCAGACUGACCUUCUGGAGCAUCUUGUUGUGACGCAGGGCAAGCCGGCGCUGCUCCCUGAACUCUGCGCGCUCAGUCUUGCAGCCAACGACGAGAUUACCGCUGGCCCCGUUCGUCGUAUUGUUCUGAGCCGCAACCUUGGCGCGCUGGACAACCGGCCGAAGCCGCAGGCUCCGGCAGCCAAGUCGCCCUUUGCCCCGGCGGCGGGCCCGUUCGCGCCGAAGCGCUCCAAGGGCCAGCCCGUCUCACGAUCCCAGUCUUCUAACGGAAGCAAGAGUCUGUUGCGUGCCAGCUCAACCAAGUCGCUGCCGCCUGCCUCAGCCCCUCCGCCCCCGAGCACGGCCGCGAUCACGUUUCUGAUCCUCGAUCACUGCCAACAUCAGUACAUGGACACCGGCGUGCUUCACGGUCUGAAGCGGUACGUCGGUUUCGUUAGUUUCGGGAAUCCGCCGACGGUCAGCGAGGACCGGAUCCGCGGCCGAGGGGCUUUUGACUGGACCAAGGUGAGGAGCCCGACUUCGGAGUGUUAUCUCAAGAAGCGUGAGGCUGAGGACAGCUGGUACGUCCACCACAACUGCAAGAUGGCCAAGACGGCGUGA